AUGCGCAGGGCAAGGGGGGGUCCAAUUCAUCUCCGAGGAGAAAUCCAGGCAGACCACAAGCAGGCGCCAACGCUCUGCGGCCUGAACGCAUGCAUCGACACCAACUCGCGGCCAGUCGAGUACGCGCACUCGCAGUGCAGCAGCCCAGCCGCUCGCAGGCUUGCAGACGCGGAGCCGCUGCUGGCCCGUGCUAGGCUGCUGGCACCUCACCGCCAGCUCAGGUGUGCGGACUACUACCACGUGGGUGACAAGCUCGGGGAAGGUUCUUUCGGCAACGUGUACGAGGAUGCCUCGUGCUCGGCGUGGACCCCGAGACUGGGCGGGCCGUGCCGGGCGCGCAGGAGACGACCCUGA